CGUGUGUCCUGUAGUGAAAUUGAAGAUGGCGGCAGACACGGAGACGGAAGUGCUGCGGAAGUAUUACUCCGACAGCGACUACUUGAGUUCUCCCGAGGGAGUUAUGAAGCUGAUAGCCAUCCUGGGCUGCCUGUGUUCAGCCGUGCUGUUCCUGGCGGGCGGGGGCUGCGCGGGCGCGAUGGGGCUGGCGGCGGGCGGCGCCAGCGUCGCCGUCAUCGCUGCUGGACUGUUGUCUGUACAGCUGACGGCGACGCUGCUCGGCGCGCCAUUGUACGCGCCGCAAGUGUGGCUCUACUCCGAUGUGGUGGGCAGCUCGGUCCUCGGCGCGCUGCUGGUGCUGAGCGGCGCGCUCAGCGUGACGCUGUGCGAGCUGCGCGGCAUAGUCUCCUAUGUGCAUGCUGUGAGUUUUGAACCGCUAGCAGCGUGCAACGCGGCACUAGUGAUAGGUGGUGCCGUGGUCACAUACACGGCGGUGACGCGGCGCUGGGACGCGGCGCGCGGGCCCGCGUGGGAGCCCCGUCGCGAGCCGCCACAGGAUGUCGAUGUUUGA